AUGGCCCUUGGUGACAGAGUGAACAAUGCCCGGAGAAGGGCUGGCCGCAGGCUGGCCGGAACUGCAGUGCGCGGCUGGCGCUGCCGCGAGGAGCUCGUGCAGUACAUCUUAUCAAUUAAAAAUGAAGAGGAGAUCCGAGAAUAUGUAAUUGACCUCAUCCAGGGGACUGAUGGGAAGAAGAGUCGGUUUAUAGAAGAACUGGUAGCCAGGUGGCAAAAGUCCUCUCAGCUGGCUUCUGACCCUCUGCCAGUAUACAGGAAAAAAGAUGAGACUUCAGAGGUGCAACGGGCCGGAGACCAAGCCAAACGGGGUAGACGCAAAGGAAGGAACAAGCAGGAAACACCUGUGUAUGCUGAGCCUGAUGUGCCUGUUGAGGAAGUAAAAACACCUCUUGAUCUGGCCAAGGCACAAGAGAUCAUCAGCAGUGGUAACAACAGCAGCAGUUCUUCCAAGAAAAAGACCAAAUAUGUCAACCUGUACACCAAAGAGGGUCAGGAUAAGCUUACUGUCCUCAUUCCUGGGCGCCAUUCCUGUGAGUGCCUUGGCCAGAAGCACAAACUCAUCAAUAACUGCCUGACUUGUGGGCGUAUUGUCUGUGAACAGGAGGGCUCUGGUCCCUGCUUAUUCUGUGGUGCACUGGUGUGCACAAAAGAAGAGCAGGACAUUCUGCAGCGUGACUCAAACAAGAGCCAGAAGCUGCUGAAGAAGCUCUUGACAGGUUCUGAGAGUUCUGGGAAGAUGGAGGCACUCAGCAGGGACCUACUGCCUCGCCAGGAAGCUCGGCUGAAAGCAGGCCUGGAGAUGGCUGUGAAACACAAGGACAAAUUGCUGGAGUUUGACAAGACAAGCGUGCGUCGUACCCAAGUCAUCGAUGAUGAGUCGGAUUACUUUGCCACUGACUCCAACCAGUGGCUCUCCAAACAGGAGAGGGAGGUGUUGCAGAAGAGGGAGAAGGAGCUGCGUGAGCUGCGCCAUGCUUCCCGACUCACCAAGAAAAUCACUAUCGACUUUGCUGGCAGGCAGAUCCUGGAGGAGGAGGACAACAUGGCUGAGUACCACAGCAAACUGGAUGAAACCAUUGAGGCCGUUCAUAGUGGCACGUUGAGCAAGCCAUUGAAGAGCCCUGAUGGGAAAAGUGCAGGGGUGUCUGGGGUUCUGGUGAAUCCCUACCUGCUCCAACCUGCACCUUUGUGGGUGGAUCAGACUGGCCUGCUCCCACGUAGGAAAAUCGCCCAACCAGCAGAUGCUGAGAAUGAGCCUGGCUCUGAAAGGAGCAGGUUGCGGAUUCAGGACCGAGAGUUGCAGGAGAUCUCAGAUGAUGGCUGGUGCCUCAGCAUGCACCAGCCUUGGGCUUCCUUGCUGAUCAGAGGAAUCAAAAGGGUGGAGGGCAGGACCUGGUACACAUCUCACCGGGGGCGACUAUGGAUAGCAGCUACUGGUAAAAGGCCUUCCUCGCAGGAAAUCUCAGAGCUAGAGGCUGUCUACAGAAUGUUUCACCGGAAAGAUGUGGAAUUUCCUACUGAUUACCCCUCUGGCUGCCUUCUGGGCUGUGUGGACUUGAUUGACUGCUUGUCCCAAGAGCAAUUUAAGGAGCAGUAUCCAGAUUUGAGCGAGGAGUCUGGGUCUCCAUUUGUUUUCAUCUGUGCCCAUGCCCAAGAGAUGAUCGUGAAGUUUCCCAUCAAAGGAAAACACAAAAUCUGGAAACUGGAUUCAAAGAUUCAUCAGGGAGCAAAGAAGGGGUUAAUGAAGCAGAAAGCACUCCUGUGAAUGGUGGGACAGCCAGGCUGAGAUUCCCACACAGCCCAGGAUGCUGGCCCAGCUGGCUGCCUGCUCUGUCUCCUUGGGUCCCUUAGAACUGGAGGCUGCAAAGAUGACAUGGAAAGUUCUGAAAGGCAGGUGCUUACGGGAAGGGGGGGCACCUGUGACUUAUUAAAAAUGUAUUAAUAUAGUAUGAUGUAUUUGAAAGCCAUUAAAGGAAGAAACAUUAGUGCCAAACUC